AUGACUUAUUCCCGCAUAGCCAGCGUUUUUGUCGAAGCCAGGCGAAAGGUCCUCGGCCCUGCCAUCAUCGUCUUAGGGGGUAGUGUAUGGUUUCUGUACUUACGAAAUCGAAUGGCCAAGACCCGAGCCAACGGGGCCGAGUCGAAAGAUGCGGACGCUAUAGAUCCCCCACUACUCCGGAAACACUCCGAGAUAGUAUCAUACACUGCUAAACGGAGCGGGAUUACUUACCCUGGUAUUCGUGUCUUCUAUCGUCGCCACCCCAAAGCAGAUGAGCUUCCUCAGGAUCCAGCACCCUUACCUCUGGUGGUGUUUAUUCACGGUCUCGGAGGUUGCAUUGCCCAAUUUCACCCGCUUCUCACUAGCCUUGUUAAUUCGGCUUCUUGCCUGGCCGUGGAUCUGCCCGGCUGCGGUCUAUCCCAUUUUGCCCCAAAGUCGUGGGACGCAUACACUACGGAUGCUCUAAUUGAUUUGCUUGAGACCGUCAUAGAUUCUUAUCGGGAAAAGGACCAGGGGCUUGUCCUAAUUGCUCAUAGUAUGGGGACCGCGAUGGCAGCCCGCAUUGCUAAUAAACACUCCCAUGUGAUGGGACUUGUUGCAAUAUGCCCCGUAUCAGGGCCGCCACCGCCGGAGGCCGUGCGUAACAUCCGCGUGCUCCUCUCACUUCCAGAUUGUAUCUUUAAUCUCUGGAGGGCUUGGGAUAGAUGGGGUGGCCCCGAAAGCGCUAGCGUUAAGCGUUUCGUUGGUCCUGGGGCAGAUCUCGAGACCCGGCAGCUUCAAGACAAAUUCAAUAGCCAGAGCCGGACACCCGUAUUCCGUCGAAUGGCAUGGGGCGCGCUGCCGAAAUAUUCCAAAGAUGGGAAGGUUGUCGGAGGUUUGUUUGACGAACCCACCUGGACAGGCCUUAGUAUUCCCGUCUAUCUCAUUGGUGGCGAGUAUGAUACAGUAACGCCACCCACGGAAAUAGAGAAGAUUCGCAGUCUCCUCGAGUCGACAACGCAACCGGCAAUUGGCUCUGGAGCCGCAUCUCCCAACAAGGCCCGUUCCGUAAACUCAAAGUCACACCCGGAAGAUAGCUCCCCUGACACUUUGUCGAGCGCCAGCGAGACGGGUGCCAUCGUAGAUGCCGCAGCCCCGGUAAAUACUUCGUCAGCUCCACGGGCGCACAUGCCAGAAUCGAUCGAGGCUAUCACAGACGACGAUUUUGCGCGGAAACAGCAGCAGACCGUGCACGUGGAAGAUCACGAUGAAGAUCCUACUACGCCCAGGGAAGAUGCCAUUGGUGGUAUUCCCCCGCAGCCACGACAUCCGGCCAAGGUCGUCAAGACAGCAAUUCUACCAGCCGGACAUGCCAUGCUUUACACGCCAACUACGGUUCGCACUUUAGCAGGGUUGAUAGGCGAUUUUAUGAACGAUCAUAUUACGGGCCGAUUUUCUCUCGGCUGGCAAUUACAACACCUUUCGCGCGAUGGCAAGUGGGAUGUUAAAAAUCUUGCCAAGUGGAAGAGCGUCCAGCCCGUCUCCGAGCCUAUUGGUGGCAUCUUUCGUGCUAUGAAAACUUUGCGCGAGGUCGAUGAAGAACACUCACCUAAGGUCUUCGCUUCUAAGUGGGGCCACAUAAUCAAGGAUAUUAUAGACAUUAGCCACGCGGAUCCGGUGUACGACCCGAAGAGUUUCGGGGAAGGGAUCAAGUAUCACAAAUUCCCAACAGUAUCUAAAAUUCCGCCAACAGAUGCAGAAGUAGCCAGCUUUAUUAAACUAGUAGACCAGGUCCGGGAAGAGCAGGCGGAACGCGCGGGGAAUGAACGCUGCAUGAUUGGUGUUCAUUGCCACUACGGAUUCAACCGUACGGGCUACUUCGUCGUAUGCUACCUUGUCGAGCGCUGCGGAUACGGAGUCCAGGAGGCCAUAGACGAGUUCUCGGCUAAACGGCCCAACGGCAUCAGGCACUCGCACUUUCUCGACCGUCUUUUCGUUCGUUACGCUCCCGCAACGCGGAAGUGA